AGGCCACUACCGCUUCAAGCCGUAAACAGGAACUGCUUGAGGAAAUCGCCUCGUUGAAGGAGAAACUUAGCAAGUCGGAACAUGGUAUAAUUCGAUAUCGUCGUAAGACUGAAACAGAAGGUGUACAAAUAGGCGGUGAAUAUUGA